GACAACAUGUUCUGCUGAGAACCCUUGAUUGGCAGUGAGAAAACCAGGGUUUGAACUGGCCUUAGUGGCUCAUACCUACAAUUCAGGCCCUUGGGAGGUAGAGGCAGGAGUAUUCGGAGGUCAUGGUCAGCCUUGGCUAAGCAGCAAGUUCAAGGCCAACCUAGGUCUCAAUAGACCCAGGGUGUAGGUGUCUAUGUGCACAUACCUUUUUGUUUUAUCUCCAUUAUUUAACACUUAUUAUGUGCAUGCAUGUCUGUGUAGAGGUAUGUACAAGUGACUGCAGUUGUCCAAGAAGGGCCAGAAGAGGAUGCCCCUGGAGCUGGAGUUAUUGGUUAGCUGUAGCCAUCAGAAGUGGCUGCUGGGAACUAAACUUGCUCCUUCUGCAGGAAGAGUCUAUGUCAUAGUCACUGAGCCAACUCUCAUGCAGUUCCCCAAACCCAAGCCAACAGAGGCAGGAAGCAGAGGGUGAGCAAACAAAACCAGCAGCCCUGAGAACCUGAGCCACAGCUGCCUCUCUUGGCCCCGCCCCUUUCUGUUCUAUGGUGAAGCUGCUAGUGUCUCUCUAGACCAGGAUCUUCUGGAAUCCUGUCCCCUGGUUAGGGCUGGACUUCAGCUGGGCUGGCUGAAGAUGUGAUGGCUAUGAGCUCAGUGCGACCACCCCUGGAUGUCCUGGCCUAAGUGACCUUGUCAAGAGACAGAAGGCAUCCAGUAGGAUACAGGAAGGAUAUAAAGAAGUUGUUAAAACCAACCCGCCAUGAAGCUAGCCCAAAUGUAGGUCUCAAGGAUUGUUCUAGAGGCCUGAUAAUGCUGGGUGGGAAGGAGGUACAGUGAGGAUGGGCCUCCUCCACAGGCCUCUUGGUCUAUUUCUAUCAAAGAGGAAACACGAGGAAGGGAGAACUUUCUGUGACAAGAGCGUAGGAGCCCUUGUGUCCAGGUGCUAGUGAUAACUCAAAGCCACUUGUCCUUUUCACUGAAUUCAUUUUUCUUCUCCUCUUUUUUUUUUGUUUGUUUAUUUUUUGAGACAGGGUUUCUCUGUGUAGCCCUGGCUGUCCUGGAACUCACUCAGUAGAUCAGGCUGGCCUCGAACUCAGAAAUCCGCCUGCCUCUGCCUCCCAAGUGCUGGGAUUAAAGGAGUGUGCCAUCACCGCCCCGCUUUUUUUUUUUUUUUUUUUUUUUUUAGUACACGGUUUUUGUGUCCUGAAACUAACUCUGUAGACCAGGCUGGCUUUGAACUCACAGAGAUCCACCCGUUUCUGCCUUUCCAUUUCUGGGUUUAAAGGUGUGUGCCACCACUCCCUGGCUCUUUCCAUUUCCUUUUCUUUCUCUCUUUUUUUUUUCUUUUCUUCUUCUCUUCUCUUUUCUGUUUUGAGAUAUGGUCUCGCUAUGUAGACCUGGCUGUUCCGGAACUAUGUAGAGCAGACUGGCCUCAAACUCACAGAAAUCCGCCUGCCUCUGCCUCCCAAGUGUUAGGACUCAAAGGCGUGCAGCACCAGGGCCCGGCUUUAAGCAUGUAUUUAUUGUUAUGUCUGUAAGUGCACACAUGACACUAAGAGCGCGUGGAGGUGGGUGGACAGCCUGGAAGAGACGGUUCUCUCCUUUUACCAUGUGGUUUCUGGGAAAAACUUACUACAUAGCUCCAGCUGGUCUAUGUAAGUCAAGUGAGGUUAGCCUGCCUCUCCGGAGUGCUAGAUUAAAAGCAUGAGCCACCACCACACUGGGCCCAAGGACUGUAGACUUCUAAAAAUACCUAACACUGCCUGCGUGCGUGCAUGCGCGUCUAUGAGCGCGUGUGUAUGCUAGGAAUAGGACGCAGGGCCUCGUGUUUGCCACUGAGCUAAUUCCCCAACUUCUAAACACACCUACACUGAUCAGAGGACAGCUGGGUGUCUGGCCCUCCAGUCCUAGUAAGAAAUACAGCUGCGAAGUGCACCGUGGCCUAAGCAUUAACUCUUCUUCAAACAUCCCUGACCUCUGCCAUUACCCGAUCCCCCAAGUCGCCUUAGUUGUGAUUCCUGACCAGCCUUUCCUGUCCUCAAACCUCGGUUUUGCCAUCUGUACUACGGCACAGCAAGCCCAACCCGGGAGAACCCGAUCUGGCUCGAGUGGAGCUUUAAGCUACAGGUGAAAAACCAGGAAAAUGACUGACGUUCCCUCCCCUCUGGACACCUCUAAACCAUCCCAGGUCGCGACGGUUCUCUAAGCGACCCCUGGAGGUGUGGCUAGACGCUGGGGGCCACACCCACGAGAGCCGGGCGCCUCCGCCGCGCCUUGUCCGGCGAGUCCGGGCUGGGACCUGCGUGACGUCAUGCCACUUCCCGUGUAGCCCUCCGCCACACGAAAAAGUAGUCCCCGUACCCAGCUGACCUCAGCCCUAACACCGGGCAGCAUGUGACUUCUAGAGUCCUCCUGGACCCGACGACGGCUCUGAGUCCUCCGAGAGGCCUUCUGAAACCCCGCAGAUCUCUCUCUCCCGGGGGGACGGCGGCGGAAGUAGUUCCGGUUCGAGGGCGGCCGAUGGGUUCCUCCGCGACGGGGGUGAGAGGAUGGCGACCUCGUCGAUGCCGGAGUCGGAGAGCGACACAGCAGCCAGAGGCUCAGAGUGAAAGCCUCAAACCCCGCGCUUCGCUGUCAGUCGGUCCCCAGAACCAAUGGAGGAGAACGAGGUGGAGAGCAGUAGCGACGCGGCCCCUCGGCCCGGCCAGCCUGAGGAGCCUUCUGAGAGCGGCCUGGGUGUGUGCACCUCGGAAGCUGUGUCCGCGGACAGCAGCGACGCUGCGACCGUCCCAGGAUUAACGGAGGCUGACGACUCUGGCGUCGGGCAGAGCUCGGACGGUGGCAACCACUCUGUGGAGGAGGUAUCUGAGAGCAUCUCAACAGACCCUUUGCCUCAUGGCUGCCUCCCUGAUUCAUCUUCUGUGUCCCGGGGACCAGUAGCAGAGAUGCCUGGUGGCCCCCCAGCUCUGGUGCAUUCCAGUGUUCUCCCAGACCCCAGCAUGCUGGUGUCUGACUGCACAGCCUCCUCUUCAGACCUAGGCUCUGCCAUUGACAAGAUCAUCGAAUCUACCAUUGGUCCAGACCUCAUCCAGAGCUGCAUCACUGUGACCAGUGGUGAAGAGGGAGGAGCUGAGACCACACAGUACCUGAUCCUGCAAGGCCCGGAUGACGGCGCUCCCAUGGCAUCAUCCAUGUCUACUUCCACCUUGGCCAACAGUCUGGCAGCCAUUGAAGCCCUGGCUGACGGCCCCACAUCCACAUCUGCAUGCCUUGAGCCUCCCGAGGAGCCCCAGGGAGAUCCCAGCUCUGUAGCGCAGCAACCCCCAGCUCCUGUCACUGAAGAGCUGGACCUGCAAAGCUUGGAGGCCAUGAUGGAGGUGGUGGUUGUGCAACAGUUCAAGUGCAAGAUGUGCCAGUACCGGAGCAGCACCAAGGCAACCCUGCUCCGCCACAUGCGGGAACGGCACUUCCGCCCAGCAGCACUAGCAGCAGCAGCAGCAGCAACUGGUAAAAGGGGCCGUGUACGGAAGUGGGGCACUUCCACCAAGACCACAGAGGAGGACAGGCCAGAGGAGGAGGAGGAGGACGACGACAUCGUGGAUGCCGGGGCGAUUGACGAUCUGGAGGAGGACAGUGACUACAAUCCAGCUGAGGAUGAGCCCCGGGGCCGGCAGCUAAGGCUCCAGCGCCCCACACCCAGUACCCCGAGACCUCGACGGAGGCCUGGCCGGCCCCGAAAGCUGCCUCGCCUAGAGACCUCAGACCUUCAUGAUGGUGUAGGACAGCCUCUAGUGAGUUCGCAGAGCACACAGAGCCCUCCAGAGUUGCAGGAUCUCGAGGCUCCCAGCUCCUCGGGCCUGAGGGCCCUGGGCAAGGUGGGGAGGGGCCUGGUGGAAUCAGGCGUUAGUCAGUCGGAUGCUGAGAACGCAGCCCCAUCGUGCCAGGAUGAAGCUGAUGCCCCACCCCGCCGCCGCGGAAGACCUUCCAGGCGGUUCCUAGGGAAGAAAUACCGAAAGUACUACUAUAAGUCACCCAAGCCACUGCUCAGGCCUUAUCUGUGCCGCAUAUGUGGCUCACGCUUCCUGUCCCACGAAGACCUUCGCUUCCACGUCAACUCCCAUGAGGCUGGUGACCCACAGCUCUUCAGGUGCCUGCAGUGCAGCUACCGCUCCCGCCGCUGGUCCUCGCUCAAGGAGCACAUGUUCAACCACGUGGGCAGCAAGCCCUACAAGUGUGACGAGUGCAGCUACACCAGUGUCUACCGCAAGGAUGUUAUUCGCCACGCGGCUGUGCACAGCCAGGACCGAAAGAAGAGGCCGGAUCCGACCCCAAAGCUGAGCUCCUUCCCUUGCCCAGUGUGCGGCCGUGUCUACCCCAUGCAGAAGAGGCUAACACAGCACAUGAAGACUCACAGCACCGAGAAGCCACACAUGUGCGAUAAGUGUGGAAAGUCCUUUAAGAAGCGCUACACCUUCAAAAUGCACCUGCUCACACACAUCCAGGCCGUUGCCAACCGCAGAUUCAAGUGUGAGUUCUGCGAGUUUGUUUGUGAGGACAAGAAGGCACUGUUGAACCACCAACUGUCCCACGUGAGCGACAAGCCCUUCAAAUGCAGCUUUUGUCCCUACCGCACCUUCCGCGAGGACUUCCUGCUGUCUCAUGUGGCUGUCAAGCACACAGGUGCCAAGCCCUUCGCCUGUGAGUACUGCCACUUCAGCACUCGCCACAAGAAGAACCUGCGCCUCCACGUAAGAUGCCGCCAUGCCAACAGCUUUGAGGAGUGGGGACGGCGCCACCCUGAGGAGCCCCCGUCCCGCCGCCGCCCCUUCUUCUCUCUACAACAGAUAGAAGAGCUGAAGCAGCAACACAGCACGGCCCCUGGCCCUCCCCUCAGCUCACCAGGACCCGAGGCCCCCCAAGAACCAGCACCUUUCCAGUCACCUGAGACCCCCCCACUACUCUGUCCUGAUGCACUAGGUGGCACCACAAUCAUCUACCAGCAAGGAGCCGAGGAGUCCACUGCAGUGGCCACUCAGACAGCCUUGGAUCUGCUGUUGAAUAUGAGCGCCCAACGAGAACUGGGGGCCACGGCCUUGCAGGUGGCGGUGGUAAAGUCAGAGGGCAUCGAGGCAGAGUUGACGUCUACUGGUGGGCAACCUUCCCCUGAAGACACCACUCCACGGGUGGUGACACUUCAUAUGGCAGAAUCAGGGAGUAGUGUGGCAGCUGAGAGCCAGCUAGGCCCAUCUGAUCUACAGCAGAUUGCCUUGCCAUCUGGGCCAUUUGGUGGGGCCAGCUACAGUGUCAUCACGGCACCCCCAGUGGAGGGGAGGACAUCAGCCUCAGGCCCACCUUACAGGGAAGAACCUCCCGGGGAGGCAGCCCAGGCUGUGGUUGUGAGCGACACUCUCAAGGAGGCUGGCACCCACUACAUCAUGGCAGCUGAUGGGACCCAAUUGCACCACAUUGAGUUGACUGCAGAUGGCUCCAUCUCCUUCCCAAGCCCAGAUACUCUGGCCCCUGGAACCAAGUGGCCCCUGCUGCAGUGUGGAGGGCCACCCAGAGAUGGUUCUGAGGUUCUGUCUCCAACAAAGACCCACCAUAUGGGAGGCUCCCAGGGCUCCUCCACCCCACCCCCUGCAGCCAGCCAUACCCUAGGCCUGGUAGUACCCCAAUCCCCACCGUCUGCAGCAGCUUCCUCAACAAAGAAGUUUUCCUGCAAGGUGUGCUCAGAGGCCUUUCCUAGCCGCGCAGAGAUGGAGAGUCACAAGCGGGCCCAUGCUGGGCCUGCUGCCUUCAAGUGCCCUGACUGCCCCUUCAGUGCUCGCCAGUGGCCUGAGGUCCGGGCUCACAUGGCACAGCACUCAAGCCUGAGGCCCCACCAGUGCAAUCAGUGUAGCUUCGCCUCCAAGAACAAGAAGGAUCUGAGGCGGCACAUGCUAACGCACACCAACGAGAAGCCAUUCUCAUGCCACGUCUGCGGGCAGCGUUUCAACAGGAACGGGCACCUCAAAUUCCACAUCCAGCGGCUACAUAGCAUUGAUGGGAGAAAGACUGGGACUUCUACAGCCCGAGCCCCAGCCCAGACCAUCAUCCUCAAUAGUGAAGAGGAGACACUGGCCACACUACACACUGCCUUCCAGUCCAGUCACGGGGUUCUGGGUACAGAGCGGCUACAGCAGGCACUGAGCCAAGAACACAUCAUUGUGGCCCAGGAACAGACAGUGACCAAUCAGGAGGAAGCUACCUACAUCCAGGAAAUCACAGCAGAUGGCCAGACAGUACAGCAUCUGGUGACCUCAGACAACCAGGUUCAGUAUAUCAUCUCUCAGGAUGGUGUCCAGCACUUACUGCCUCAGGAGUACGUUGUGGUCCCUGAUGGCCAUCAUAUCCAGGUCCAGGAAGGCCAGAUCACACACAUCCAGUAUGAGCAAGGUACUCCAUUCCUGCAGGAGUCCCAGAUCCAGUAUGUACCUGUCUCCCCCAGCCAGCAGCUUGUCACCCAGGCUCAGCUGGAAGCUGCCGCACACUCCGCUGUCACAGCGGUGGCUGAUGCUGCCAUGGCCCAAGCCCAGGGCCUGUUUGGCACUGAGGAGGCAGUGCCGGAGCAGAUCCACCAGCUGCAGCAUCAGGGCAUCGAGUACGACGUCAUUACCCUCUCGGAUGACUGAGCCUCAAAGGCCCAACGCUGACUGAUCGUGGAUAUCAGGGGCCGGCUCUCCUGGAGACUAGGGAGUUUCCUGUCCUACUUAGGGCCUCCAGAUACUGGACAGUUAGUGUCCCUUGACUCCAAAGGAGCCAGACCUGUGCUCUUGGGGGGCAGCCAAGGGCUCCAGCCAGGACAUGCUGGGUGCCUCAGCCUGCUGGCAGGCUUUGGGAGAGAAAUUUAUUUUUGUUUUGAUGGACCCACUGGCUCCUGUCUCAAUAAAGGGACCAGAGUCCAGCCCUUGCAA